UUGUUUGUUGGGGGUCCAUCAUCAUCAUCAUCAUCUUCUUCUUCUCGCUCCUCUUCUAAUGGUAGUUGUCCAAGCUUCCAAGCUCAGCCUCCCAAACCCUUCUCUCUCCUCCCCUCCCCAAAUAACUUCCCUCCAGUUUGAACCCCAUUCCCUCUCUCUAGCCCUCAUGCACUCUGACUCCACUUUUUCUCUCUACCCCUCUCUCUCCUCCCCUCUUUCCCUCUCCUCUCUCCCUCCUCCUCAAACCCUAAUUGCCCCUCCCUCCUCUUCCUCCACCUUCCUCCUCCUCCAAAACCCAGACCCUAACCCCAACACCCGGACCCUCUUCAUUGUCUGCGGCCCUCACAGAGGUGGGUCCCAGGUCCUGCUCAGGUUCUACAUUCUGCAGAAUCAGAAACAAUUCGUGAGGGCUCAAGUCGUUUGCACCCAGAAAGGGCUAAAAUUUGAUGGGAAAUUGGGGGUUUUGGUUGAUGCCCAUCAUGGGGUUUCGCUUAAGCUUGCCGGGUCGGUCAAUUUCUUCGCCAUGUACUCCGUUUCGAGCUCAAAGAUAUCAGUUUUUGCUGUGAAAGCGAUUGGUGAUGGCGACAAUGGUGAUGAUGGGGUGGUUGUGAAGUUGAUGAGGUGUGCUGUGAUUGAGUGUUGCAAGCUGGUUUGGUCGAUUAGCAUUUCGUUUGGGGUCUUGAUCUUAGGAGAAGAUAAUGGAGUUAGGGUUUUUAAUUUGAGGCAGCUUGUUAAAGGGCGGGUUCGAAAGGCCAAGACUUUGAGUUCGAGUUUGAAAAAUGAGGGCCGAAAUUUGGGUUUUCCUAAUGGGGUGGUUGGUGAUCAUGUGCAUAGUGAUUUGGGGGAUUGUGGAAAUAAGCAGGAGGCGACAAAUGUGGUAGCGUUGAGGGGAGUUCGGAGAUGACUUGCAGUGGUAACUUGUGUGGGAAGAAUGAUAGGAAUUAUGUUUCUGGUAUUUCUUGUGGCCUAGGACAUGGGUGCUACUCAUGUAAGCAGGGUGCUGUCCUUUGGUUAAAAUCAUAAGGAUGCCUCUAGAUGUCAAGCAGAGGUCUGUGAAACUGAAACAAGACUCUUGUGAAGAGGGAGUGUUUUUUGUGGAAUUCAAAGGAAAGGAGUUUGAAACCUCAAAAUCGAAAAGAGUGAUACCAGCUAAGGCACUUUCUACUGAAGCACUGUCCCCCAACAAAUUUCUAAUCUUGGAUUCUGAUGGAGGUUUACACAUUUUGCACCUCUCUAGUCCUAUAAUUGGAUUAGAAAUAACUUCUUGUGUGCAGCAGUUGCCUCACAUUAUGAAAGUGCAAAAGCUGGCUGUUCUUCCCGAUAUAGAUUCAAGAACUCAAUCUGUGUGGGCAUCAGAUGGAUACAAUUCUGUGCAGAUGUUGUUGGCAUCUCACGUGGAUAUUGCGGAAAAUGAGAAAAAUAACAGCGAGGAAAAACUGAUUCAUGUCUCAGUUCUUCUCACGGUUUUUGCCAGCGAAAGAAUUCAAGAUCUUAUUCCUAUGGCUGCAAAUGCUAUUUUGAUUCUUGGACAAGGUAUGCGUUUGUUUUUCUCCUUGUACUUUAGAAAUUAUUUUGUAUGCAAUAAGUGUUGGUGGAUUUCAAAUAUAGAUAAAAGGGUAAUUGCUAUUUGCCGUAAAUUGCAUUACUUGUUACCUCUAAAAGUUUACUUAAGCAGGAAGCUUGUAUACGUAUGCGAUUUCUUGAAGUUGCAUAGUUACAACCGCCUUUUCUAUUGGACUUCUGAAUUCCCGGCCUAGAGGAGCUCAGCCAGUUUGAUUGAGAUCCUGGGGUGUCCUUGGAUCUUUGAUUUCCAUGGUCCUUGCGUUGUUUAUGUUACCAAAGUCUGGAGCUGCAGUUUUCCCCUUUACUCUAAAGUGAUAGAGACUUAAGAGAGUGCUGAGCAGUUGAAGGUGGUAUGGGGUCGGGACCAGUUGGGUGCCUGCCCUUGCUUUCCAAAUUCUAAAGGUUGAUUAUUUCAGCAACUGAAAGCUACGUCCGUUGUUCAACCAACUCCAUGAGCUACAACUUAAGGCAUAUGUGAACGUAUUUGCUGGUGGUUCCUCUGUGUUACCUCAGGUUGUCUACUGGAGAAGUGAACCUGCAUUCGACUCAAGGUAAAAAACGCCAUCAGAAGUCUUGCAAAUAUAUUGACUGGUAUGGAUGAAACCGGUACUCUUGAGACUUUCAGUUCUUAAAUUUUAACGAGGCGUGUAAUUAAACUUUCUGGUCGACACAUUAACCGGGCAAGCGCCCCUCGGUUAAUUCUCGUAUAACUUUAUGCGUGUGAUUCCAUCUGGUGCCGUGUUCGGUAUUAAUGGGUACUAAUGGAAAUGAAAAUAUAGGUUCAUGGAA